AUGCCGGCGACAAUCCCAAACGUGGUCCAUUUCGUCAUAGGUCCAGAUAAGCCGAAUCCCGUUACCUUGAUGCUUUGGCUGGCCAUCCGCGCCGCAGCCAUCAACCUCCCGGGAUGCGAGAUUCGCCUCCACUACGUCUACUUAAGCGAGGACGGGCCUUGGUGGAAGGACGUGCGACGCCUCGUCACGCUUACGCGUCAUGGGCCAGAGUUUCUCGACGACUUCUCACAUCUAACACCGCCGCCCUCGGAAUGGAACCCAGCACACAAAGCCGAUAUCCUACGACUGCAGAUUCUGCGAGCCCAGGGGGGUAUCUAUCUCGAUACUGACGCCAUCAUCUUACGACCGCUUGACAAGUUACUAAGUGGACGCCGCGACGUGAUACUGGGCCACGAGGGCGGCCAUCGCAAGGGCAUGACCAACGCCGUUAUCCUAGCUAAGCCGGCUGCCGGUUUUGUUGAGCGUUGGUAUCAGGCUUAUAACGACUUCGACCCGAAGCGGUGGAACCAGCAUUCUGUGAUCCUGCCGGCGAAGCUCGCCGAUGAGCACCCGGAUGAAGUCUGCCAGCUACCGCCAGCCGCGUUCUUCUGGCCGCUUUGGCCGCAGCAUCACGUUGACUGGAUGCAUGUGCCGCUGAGUCGGGAUGAAAGCGCCGCCGUCGCUGCCGCCAUGGAGCGCACCAACGGGUCGCUGUUCGGCGAGCAACUUGUCUACCAUGCGUGGAACCACCCGGCGCAAAGAUACGUCAGAGAUUUGACGCCGGAGCGUAUCAAGACGGAGGAUACGAGAUUCAACAUGCUGGUACGACGGUAUGUCGAGGCGCAGUUCUAG